AUGUUCAAGAUUCUUUCCAUCCUCUUCUUCUUCUUUUUCACUAUUUCAUUUGCCCGUCCAAAUGAAAUGCUCUCUGGAGUUGUUAACACUGCUCUGGAUACCGUUCAUAAUGUGGCAGAGACAGGAACAGGAGCUGUUCAAGGAGUUAUUGAUGGAGUAGUCCCAGCAGCUGGUGCUGCUGUUCAGAGUGUUGGUGGAGUUGCCCAAGGUCUCGUUGACAUGGUUCCAGAACUUCCGAUUGGAGGGGCCCAACAACCAUCUAAAUAA